AUGAUGAAUUCAACUUGGUUGAAAUUUAUUCUUUUGAUUGUGAUGUUUGCUGUUACUUUUGGCGCGGGAAUGGUGCCAGUAAAAGUACUGAAAAUUCUUCGGAAGCAUGCAGCCUCAGCAUCUACAUCCGCGAAGCAGCGAAACGUCUCGUUAGUGCUGUGUUUACUUACUUGUUUUUCUGGUGGUGUUUUCUUCGCCACGUGUUUUUUACAUCUCUUUCCGGAACUCACUGAGCAUCUUCAUGAGAUGAAAAAAGAAUAUGGGUUUUCUGUGUCAUAUCCCCUGGCUGAAUUAUUGUCGUGCAUAGGUGCUCAAAUUGCUGAAAGUUUCUGUGAACGAAACCAUGACGUUGAUCACUGUUGCCAUGAAAGUGUUAAUGUCGAUGCUUCCUCGAAAACUUGCCUGUCAUGUGGUCCUAAAGACGAGGACUCGUCUAGAAAAGGAUUACUAUGCACAAUAAAUUCAUCUAAUCGAGCACCAGCGGGUGGUCAGCGCGUUAACAAAGGACCUGAUUAUGGACAUCCUGCAGAUGGAAAAGACUCAACGCCUUUGCUCCAAAAUUAUGCAUACAGUGGUGAAUAUGGUACUAUGAUCCGGAAAUCUUGUGGUCAGGAAUCAUCAGAUAAAGGAAAGACAUUGACAUUGGCUGAACCAGAAGCAUGUGAACGAAACUGCGAUAGUGUUAAAGAAGAUCCACCAAUUUUGAUGAAAAGUCGUCCUCAUGCUCAUAGCCAUGGUGUACGUAGUAUCACAUUCGUCCUGGCAAUAUCGUUUCAUUCAAUCAUUGAGGGUCUAGCUUUCGGUGUUCAGACUGAUAAUGCUCGAAUUGUGACACUGUUUAUAUCGUUAAUGGUGCACAAAAUUAUUGUUGCAUUUUCGGUUGGUCUGCAGUUGGGCCGCACUCACGCACAUGCUUUAGGAUGGGUGUGCCUUAGUAUGGCUCUUUUUUCGAUCAUGUCACCUUUUGGCGGUUUUAUUGGUACAUUUGUUCAAAGCUCACAAAUGGAUACACAAGUGAAAGCUCUGACAAUACUUACUUUUCAAGGAGUUGCUGUUGGUACAUUCAUUUAUGUCACGUUUUUUGAGGUUUUGUUACACGAACGAGAUAACGAGCAUCCGAAUCUUUUAAAACUUAUUUUUAUGUUGAUAGGAUUUGCAUUGAUUGGUGGGCUGCGGUUUUUUGACAAUCAUUCUCAUGAACAUUUUGAUGGAUCUCUUCAAAACCAUGGAGCUCUUGUCAUCACCUCAACCCCAUAG